GCUGAACAGAGCCAGCCAGACGUAUUUCUUUCCCAUCCACUUGACCGACCAACUGCUGCCCAGCGCCGUGUUCUAUGCCACGGCCGGCCCGCUGGUCUUCUACUUCGCCAUGGACCGGCUGAUCAUCCAACCCUACCUGCGGGCACAGAAGGAGAAGGACUUGGAGAAGCAGCGAGAGAGCUGCGCCAGCGACACCUUCCAGAAGAAGCAGGAAGCGGAAGCUGCCGUGCGGUUAAUGCAAGAGUCCGUCCGGAGAAUCAUUGAAGCCGAAGAAGCCAGAAUGGGUCUGAUUAUCGUCAACGCCUGGUACGGGAAGUUCGUCAACGACCAGAGCAGGCGGGACGAGAAAGCCAAGGUCAUCGACGUGACGGUGCCCUUACAGUGCCUGGUCAAGGAUUCAAAACUCAUCCUCACCGAAGCUUCCAAGGCUGGCCUGCCCGGGUUCUACGACCCCUGCAUUGGCGAAGACAAGAACUUGAAAGUGCUCUACCAGUUCCGCGGCGUUCUGCACCAAGUGAUGUCGGCGGACAACGAGGCCCUUCGGAUACCAAAGCAGUCCCACCGGAUCGAUAUGGACAGCUAAUGCAGCAGCAGAGAGCAACAGGUGUGGGGGGGUAGAAAUGCCCCCCCCCCCCCCCCGGUUCCUUUCCUGGAUUCGAAAGAGCUUCAAACCCUUUGGAGGGGGAAAAAAAUAAUGUGGCUUUCGCACCCGGGUCCCUGGGAUGGAGAAGGAGCCACAGCCCACUUAUUUUACAGGUGCCCAGGGUGCUUCCUCCUCCUCCUCCUCCUCCUCCAUCACCCGGGCACGCUGUGGGGCAGGAGGAUCCAGGAUCAACCUCCCCCCAACCCCCUUGCCAAAGAGGCAAGGUCAGUUUUAAACACUCAACCAUCCCAACACUUCCGGCACCCUUUGACCUCCGUAUCUUUCGGGCUCUUCGCCAUCUCCAGCGUGUGAACCUCGGCCGAUCUUGUCUCUUCUUCUAACCAAGCUGUGUUUUUUUAAAAAAAAAAGUGAAAAAGAAGAGGCGGGGAAAAAAAUUAAGAGACGGGGCGGUGCGACCCACGCCAGGCGUCGCUGACCCGACGGGAUUCCUGCUUAAGCCUCCUCCUCUCGAUCCAACCGGGAUCUUCAAGAUCAGCCGCUCCCCACCCGGCAGGAACCAGGCCGUUUAAGACGCCCAACCCCUCGAUCCCCCCCCCCCGUCGGGGCUGGCUGGACCCGCGAGGACAGUAAGACCUUGGCGGAUGGGCUCUUCGGGGGGAAAGACCCCGGGUUUCUGAAUCGCGGGCCCUUCCCCUUCCGAAAAGCCACCCAGGAUGCUCCCGACGCUGGAAAAACCAUUUGUCCUCGACGCCACGAAGGCCGUGUGGUCAGCUCUGAAAAAAGGUAUUUCUCCCCGGAUUUUAAGCACCUGCCCAGGAGAAGAAGAAAAAAAAGGAGGGGGGGGUGUUUUUUGGUUCACACGCACUUCCCAAGCCAUCCUUUUUUUUUUCCUGGCGCUGCUCAUUUUCCCAACUUCCAGGGUCUGGGAUAAUCCUCCUCAUCCUGGCAGCCCCAUUUGGUGCUGGUUAAUCCACCCGCUGCUUUUUUUAAUCCCAUUCACCCCCCAGAUCUUUGCAACAGGUUGAGAUCCAGCCGCUGCCCCCUCCCUCCCCGUGAAUGAGCUAAAGGGAGGAGUGUGUGGAGGGGAGGGUUUUCCCUGUAACAUCCAAGGACAAUAAAAAAACAACAAC